GCCCAAAAAUUCCCAUGGCAGAAAAAAAUCCCCAGUUGAGACUGACCUGAGUGCAAGUCGCUGGUUGCUGGAGACCACAGAGGAGCUUUGUUGACGCUUUUGCACCACAACACCACCUCGAAACCAGCCCCUCCCUUACCCUCGCCGGACAUCAAUCGCAAUCCACCACCACUAGAAACCCCAAUCCAAACACCCGCCACCAUGCCCAAAUCAAAACGCGCCAAGGUCUUCCACCUUACCCAGGUGACCAAGAAGACACGCGAGCAAAAGGACAAGCUCUUCUCCAACAUCCGCGAGUCCAUCCCGCAGUACCAGCACUGCUUCGCCUUCAGCAUCGACAACAUGCGCAACAACCACCUCAAAGAAGUCCGCCACGAGCUGUCCGACUGCCGCAUCUUCUUCGGCAAAACCAAACUCACCGCCCGCGCCCUCGGCACAACCCCCGAAGACGCCCAAGCCGACGGCAUCCACCUGCUGACCCGGUACCCUCGCCGGCUCGCCUAUUUCGACUCGCUAACCCACGUCGAUUUCGCGCGCGCCGGCACGGUGGCGUCGCGCACCGUGACCGUCCCGCCCGGGCUGGUGUACUCGACGGGCGGGGAGGUGCCGGCGGAGCACGACGUGCCCGUGGCGCACACGCUGGAGCCGGAAUUGCGGCGGCUGGGCAUGCCGACGCGCAUGCUGAAGGGGAAGGUUUGUUUGGGGGGCGAUGAGAGUGGGGAGGGGAAUGUGGGGGGGUACACGAUUUGUAAGGAAGGGGAGGUGCUCGACUCGCGGCAGACGCGGUUGUUGAAGCUGUUUAGCGUGUGCAUGAGCGAGUUUCGCGUUGGGCUGUUGGCGUACUGGAGUGCCGCCAGUGGUGAGGUUACCGAGUUGGAGGGGGCCAAGGAGAGGUUGGCGAUGCUGCAGUCGCAGCAGCAGCAGGGGAAGGGGAGUGGGAAGGGGAAGGCGAAGGAGGCGGAUGAUGAGAUGGAUGAGGAUGAGGAGGAUGACGAAGAGGAGGCGUGAGCGGAGCAGGGUGGCCAUCUGUUUGUUUCAUUGUGCAUAUAGGGUACUUUUGCAUGAUACCAUAGCUUUUUCUGGGCUUGGGUUUUCGGAUACUGGCGUCUGGGAGGCGGGUAAAGUAAAAAAGAAGGGUGGAAAUAGAGCAGGUCAUUGCCGUCAGU